AGUCUCGACUCUCGUGACAGACGAAUUUCCAGUACUUUGAUAUCAUUUAUUAGCUGAACCAAAAAAGAAAACAGUCUUGAAAAAAUGUCUUUGGAUGAGGAUGUUUUGACCCUAUUGCGUGACACAUACCUAUUCUUCACAAUUUCUACCUCAGCAGAAAGUCUUUCUGAUGAUCUUCUUAUUCAGGUCUAUAUGCGGCUGUUACAAGUGUUGGACUCUAACUAUGAGCCUAUGAGCAGCGAGCUACAGCCUACUGAGGCGCUGAAGCACAUCUACAGGUCCCUGCGGCACCUGGAGCUGCAGUACCUGGUGAAAGAGAACAGUCGAGAGCUGGCCCGCACUCCCGUCCUGUGCCAAAAUCCCGGUGCCGUUGAAAGGGAUUUCGAUGACGCGGCCGAGUCUGAGCCACACAAUAACUGCGACCCAACCUCCCCUGUGUCCUGUACCAAUUCUCAUACUUCUGCCAUUCCAUCUACAGCCUUCACUUUUCCUACUCUACCAUCAACUCCAACCCAAACAGCCAAGCUUCACUUGGCACUUUCGCCAGACGCCACUUCAGUAGAUCAUCCUACUUCGGUUGUGCACAAAGAUAAUCUGAACACACCCGUUACGGACAUCGAGGCUGCCACCUGCGUUCGUCCAGGUAUGGACGUCGCUGCUAAGGACAAAAACGUGAUACCGCUGGGGCGUCAAAUUGCCCGCACGCCGCUCACCAGCAAGCUCUCGGGUGGGUCUCAAAACUCGUCUUCAUGUGAGCAGGAGGAUGACGACUGUCAAGAUCAUUUGGCUGAUAGAGAAGAUACUGCAAGUAACACUGAUGUUGAUGACCCUGAGCCAGCGGGGAGAGAUGAUGACGUACGGCGUUUAGGUCAUGAGGCUGGUGAAACCAAGGAAAAGAAAUGCAAGACUAAUUGUCACGAAUCACACGAACCAUCUGAUAGUAAUGACGUGUUUCCGAAAGAUGACGCUAAGUCGAAGAAGUUGACACAGUUAAUGAUUGAAGAAGCACCAGGUACAAAGUUCUUGUCUCCUGUCAUCGGUAAACGUAAUCGGCGGAAAAUAGAAAGCUCUCCUAGAUUUUUUCCGUUGCCGUUAAGUCCUAAAAGGCUCAAUAAACCAGAGCUUAAAACAACGUCUGAAAAAAGUUCCUCUCAGAGUUCAGAAUCUAUUCUCAAGACGGACACGGACACUGAAUUUGAUUCUGAUAAUAACAGUGAAGAUUCUGUGGACCUCAAUGACAUUGUACUUGAACCUCCAUCAGGGUUCAAUUCUCCACUGGAAGUUGAGCGAUCCAAUACACUAAGUAAUGCUGCCAGAGUACAAGCCUGUGAGAAUAAUCGGGCGAAAUCAAACAACGCAACGUUCGUUAUGAUACACGACGCGAUUCUUCCUUCGACUGAUUCAGAAGUCCUGGACGAAUUGGCCAUCUCUCCUUGUGCUCCAGCUGACACGCCCGAACAACUGCCAAUCCUUAAGAGUAAUAACCUUAAAACAUACAAGCAUGUUGUGCAAGAUAAACGAAAGACCUAUUUUGUGUCGGCGGAAGAUAAGAAUAAGAGACGAACUUACUUUGUUCUACCCGAAAAUUCUGUGAAUCCUAUGACCACAGAUAUCAAUGAAUCUCGGGAAACCUUGUUGUCCAAAGGCCUGGAUGCUAGCUCAGCUCUCAUGUCGGAAGAAUCAUUUGUUUUGAACGACGAGUCAAAAAUGCUUUCUGUACGUCAUGUCCAGCAAGUUUCUCCAUCUUCGGAAGAUCAUGUUUCUGGUCAGGCUCCUCCGCCUGAGCAGGUUCUACAGUUUGCUGCAAGUCACCGCAAGCUUUGUUCCACAGUUGUUCGCUCAAAAAGACGCAAUGGAAAGAAAUUUGCAGCUGUUAAUAUUCCUGGCGUUAACAUCUCAUCUUGUGAGCAGCAAAAAACUGAUCGAUAUAUACCCAAGCAAACCGUUGAUCAAACUGAACGUGAAGCCGCGAGCUUUGAACCUACUGAAGGCGAUAAUACUGAAGUAACAGAUAGUGACGCCAAGGAAAACACGCUAGAUCAAGAAGAUGGAAUAAGCAAACCGCCACAGCCUGGAAUGCAUGAAGCUUUUAACGAAUUAGAAGAUGACAAAUUUCCCCAAAAAUCUAGGGAAGUUCCCAGUGCUGCUGGUUCUAAAAGGCAGAACGCCACUUUCGUGGUGACCGCCGAGGAGGCAUUACCUGGGGAUCUUCCCUUUUUGGUCGUUGCGGACUCCAGCGCGUUCGAUGAUUCUGACAGCAUGUUUCCUUCUAAAUAUUAUAAGAAGAGAAAUGCUUCUCCUGCCAAAGAAUCCAGUAGUAAGCUUGAAGCAGCCUGCCCUAAAAUUCCCUCGCCCACAAAUGAAAAUCCUUCAAAAUUUAAAAAGAAAGUGAAGAAUACUCAGAAGAGGAAAGAAACUACGGAGAAAAUCGAAGACGAUCCCGCCAUUUCUAAGGGUCGCACAAGGAGGAAUGCAAAGAUGAAUCCAAAUAUCAAUGAAACUUCUAAAAAGGAUCUAGAAAUGUUGUCUGAAUGCGAAACUUUGGAUGAGAAACCAAAAAUUAUCAAUAAACGCCCUGGAAAGAAACAGAGAGUUUUUGCUACUGACACGAAAUCUGUGGUUGGAGUAGAUACUGAAGCAGACACUGAACCUUUGUUUGAAGCAGACACUGAACCUUUGGUUGACGCGGACACUGAACCUUUGGUUGAAGCGGACACUGAACCUUUGGUUGAAGUGGAUACUGAACCUCUGGUUGAAGCGGAUACUGAACCUCUGGUUGAAGCUGAUGCUGAACCUCUGGUGCCAGUGUCUGGAAAGACGAGGGGCCUGAGGAGGCCUUGCGCUGUCAUCAAUUACUGCGAAACCAGCCUCGAGUCCACGCCAAAUGCUUCUGCCGAUGCUGGCAUCAAAUCUAAUCGUAAACUUGCUAAGAAACUUGCUUUAGAAUCUAAAAAGGUUCCCACCGAGUCAACAUCUGAUGCUUCCCAGAACUUGUCAAGCUCUUCUAAUCACGAAGAAGCAAAUAUUAAGGAAACAACGAAAGAUUCAGAAAGUUUCGGAUCUCCUCAAAGUGGCGCUAAGGCUGAGGUUGUGCAAAAAAGAAAGGGAGCACGAAAAGCUGUGAAGACAGGAUCCCCUGUUGAGAAAGUUCUGCAGGGCCGUAAGCCCAGACGCAAUAAGCAACCUAAAGAAAACGGUUCUGAAGAAAAAAUAGUGAAGAAAGUUGAAGAGAAAGUUACUCGGGAGAAGCCCAUAGAUGACUUGGCCGAUUCUGAUGAUGAACCUGAAGUUGAGGUUAUGCCUGUUAGAAAUUUGCGGAAGCGAGGUGCCGUUGCUACUGCAUCUGCUGCCAUCGUUCAAACACAAGAAGCAAAUUUUGCUUCAAGCCCAGACAAAAAAGCAAGGAAGAUACGUCGCCGAAAUGAAAACACCAAUAAAAUCGAAGCGCAGGAAGAAGUUCCUUUAACGGCAGAAGCUUCCACCGUCACGACGGGUGAAAGAAAAGCUAGAGCGACGCAAAAAGGAUCGAGAUCCAAGAAAACUGAAGCGGUGAAGGUGUCUGCUAGACGUCCUGUGGCUGCUGGUAAAGAAGACGUCUCUCCAUCGAAGGGAAGUCAGCUUAAUAGAUCUGAUAGCAACAAUCUUUUCCUUAGUCCAGUUGUCGAAAAGAAAAUCUUGAGAGUUUCGAUGGGCAAACGAGUUAGUCCAGAAAGCUUCUCGCUCCCUACGAGUCCGGCUAAGAAAACUCGACUCGCCAAGGCCUCAGCUAAACAAGAAGUGGCGCCGGUUAUGGACAGCAAAAAAGCGACAGUAAAGAGCAGAUCUGUUAGCAAGGACAAAGUAGCAAAAGCUCCAGCAAAACGCGUUAUUGAGAAGAACGCUAAAAGUAAAAGCAAACCAGACGUGGACGCCAGCAAAGCUGCUUCUUCACAGUCCACUCGUCCCUCCCGCAGCUGCAAACUGAAAGCCAUGGAAAGUUUAGCAGCUGCUGCUGUUGACACGUCAGUCAACUGA